AUGUCCACAUCCACGGAGACAAUCAGUACUCAACAGACGCAGCGAUCGUUCCUCGUCGCUGGCGAGGAGCAGCUUGUGCCUGCGGUCAAUGAUGCUCAGUUUCAAUCGGUGGCCCGAGGAGAUCGGAACGGGAAACUGAAACUCCGUGGGAUUCCUAGCUUCUCGGACCCGUUGAAGCAGCGUCAAUGGAUGAAGGAACAUAUGGCCGCUGCAUUUCGAUAUUUCGGCAAAAUGGGGUAUGCUGAAGGAGUCUCUGGCCACAUUUCCAUGCGAGAUCCCAUCUUGAAGGACCACUUCUGGAUGAAUCCGUUUGCGAAGCACUUCUCCAUGAUCAAGGCCUCGGAUCUGGUCUUACUGGAUAGCGAGGGAUAUGUGGCCGAAGGUGGAGCGCAGCUCCCCAUCAACGAGGCUGGUUUCAUGAUUCACUCGGAAAUUCACAAGGCACGCCCAGACGUCGUAGCGGCCGCCCACACUCACGGCGUGUAUGGGAAGACAUGGAGUGCAUUUGGCAAGCCGAUUGAGAUGUUGACUCAGGAUGCUUGCAAUUUCUACGGCCGACUGAGCGUAUAUGAUGACCACGGGGGCGUUGCACUAUCUCAGGAAGAAGGGAGACAGAUUGCGCAGGCGCUGGGCAAGGACAGCAUUGCGUGCAUCUUGCAGAAUCACGGCCUCCUGACGGUCGGCCGAACAGUCGAUGAAGCGGCUAUUCUUUACUCCAUGCUGGACAACGCUUGUCAUUCCCAGCUCAUGGCCGAGGCAGCAGCGGCAAACGGAAUCCCGAAGCGGAUGAUUAGUGAUGAAAUCGCCAAAUACACCGCUGAAUUUGCUCAGAACCCCCACAAUCUUUACACCGAAUUCCAGCCGGAAUUUGAGUUGAUAGUAGAGGAGAGCAAUGGACGAGUACUUCAGUAA